ACAAAAUGGCAAGAAAAAACUGCCCAGCUUUUUUGGUCUAGAAGAAGGAUGGGAGAGAGAUAAGACCACAGACAAAAUCCUGCAGUAUAUCCCAGGAAAGAAUAUUCAGAACCAGGAAAACCAGAAAGAAAACUUGGACCAGAGGUUCCCCAGCCUGUUCAAGAAGGGACGAAGGAAAACAGUUGUCAGGAAUCUGGGCAAAAUGAUCUAUUACUCCAAGGUCAAGUUUAAGUUCCAGCACUGCCAGGUAAGCUGCAGCAGGAUGGGGAAAUAAAGUGGACCGCUGGCUUUUCCAUGCACAGAUCAGUCUGAGAUGCAGAGGGAAGCUGGGAGGAGGAAGGUGUCCUGAGAUAAACCCCAAAACGUGUCUUUUCUGCAGGAGGUGAAUGACUGCUUCCUGGAGCUGUUCCAGUCCUACCUGUACUUCCAGUCUGUGGGCUCCAACGGACUCACCUACCAGGGACUGCUGCCUUUAAAAGAGCUGAGCGUGUGUGAAGUCGAGAAGGGGAAGAGCACGGGGCAGGAGGAUCACGCGUUCCGCAUUGCAGGUUGGUGCCUCUUGCCCAUCUCGUGUCUCUCAUAUUUUUUUUUCCUUAUCGUGUUCUGCCCCACUGAGUCAGAGCUCAAGCAGUGGCUUUAUCAACUGGAGAAACAGAUCCAGCUAAACGGAGGGAGCCUGGGCUUGUCCUUCCUCUCGCAGAGCGACUGGCAGCAGAGCUCGGUGGGGAAGGAGGAGCUGCGGUGGUCCGUGCAGAACAUGCCUGUCCAGGAGUGGCGAGGAACCCAGCGGGAAUCCCUCGGCGAUGUCCUCUGCGUUUCCAAAGUGAAGCUGCAGCAUCUGCCUUUCCAGGAGCAGCACGACCGGCUGUUGGUGCUUUCCCCCUCCACGCUGGUGAUCGUCUCCGAAGAGCGCAACAGCCUCUGUUUUAAGGGCGAGCUGCCACUCAACGCCAUCCAAGUGCUUUUUGAAGAGAACGAGAAAACCUCCUUUUUAAUAGAAGGGCGACUGAUCAAUUCGAUCCGGGUGAUCUGCCGCAGCUACGAUGAUUACCAGGUUAAAACAGCCCAGUUUCGAAACGCCGACUCCUCCCUCUCCGGAUCAGAGAGUUUCUCAGGAUCAAAGCUGCCUCACCCCGGUCAGUUUGCCGGCAGCGGAAGAGGGUCACUGACUUCGGACGGCCGGACGAACUCCUGGGUGUCGGGAGGGAGAGUGGCCACCUUAACGCACCUCUCGCAGAACAGCGGCUCUCUCCCCGACGGACAGUCCUUCGUGCUGCUGCCUGAGAGCCGCGUGCUCGACGAUCCCCACUCCCCGGGCUACUCCCAGCCUCUGCAU